AUGUCGUUGGUGGCUUGUCAGACAGAAGAGAUGAGAGUCGGGUGUGAGGCAGGCUUCUCGUCGGGGGUUGGCCCACACACCAGAGACGGGACAAACGCCAGGCAAUAUCGCCACAGCGAUUCAUUCCCGAGAGCCGCGCACGGCUCGCUUUACCCCAAGCCGUCUGCUGGUGCCACACACUCUAUCUACAUUCGAGGCAAUGCUCUCCCCGCCGGGCACGGUAAGAGCGAGUCCUCUGCGGAGCAGCGUAUAUAUUCUCGCGCCAAAUCGGAAGCCGUCAUGACCAUCAAACCGUCAAGGAGCCAUGGAACACAUCGCACGAGGUCGUCGUCCUCCGCCGAGCUCUCCCACUUCACAUCAAAACAAGCAUGUCGUCCGUUCCUAACGACCCGAGUCACACUCCCGACGAUCGCCCCCGCGAUCUUGCACACGCCACAAGAUGAAUUGGAAUUGCUAGGCUCGUUCACACCCACCAGCCCAUCCCGUCAAUCUCUGCGCUCACUUCUACAUUCGAGAUCGUCUUCGUGGGCAUUUUUCGAGGGCAUCGGAGAGGAGGAUGACGAUGGUUUACAUCACUUUUCCCCAAGUCAAAAUGGUUCCUCGGAAAAUUCACCUGAGACGUCGCCACAUCUCCCUUCAUUUACCAUCCCGUCUAUAUGCCGCACGCCACCUUCUUAUGCCGGUUCCGAAUACUUCCCUACUGCUCCCUCCUCCGCCGGUCCGCCCACACCGGUGGGAGAUCUGUCGUCCUCGCCCCAUGUGCGGCCGAAGGCUUUGCGUCCGUCUCUCGAGUCGCUGGAGGAUACCUCCAAGUUCUGCGUGCAAGCACAUUGCGCUGCUUGCAAAAGGGUCGGGUCCAACUUCCCAUGUUGCCCAAGAUGCGGAGAGAUGUGGUGUUCGCGCGAGUGUAGGUUGCAAGGCAGUAGUGGAAAAAGACAUGUUUGCCGGAAGUGA